AUGGCUUCUUCGAAGCGUUUGAUGUGGUCGUUGCCACUUGAGUUGAUAGAAGAGAUACUUAAAAGGACUCCUGCUGAAUCUGUGUAUCGAUUCAAGUCGACGUGCAAGGAAUGGCACGAUCUCAUCACCGACAAGAGGUUCAUGUACAAUCACUUGGAUCACUCUCCGGAACGAUUCAUAAGAUUCGAUGAUAAAAAGACGGUUCAAAUCAUGGAUCCGGUCACCGGAAUCCUCACAUAUUCACCUAUCCCAGACGUGUUUUGCUAUCCAUAUUCGAUUGCUUCUAUGGUUCACUGUGAUGGACUAAUGCUGUGUAUGUGUAAUGAUUCUAGUUUCCGACAAACAAAACACGCCAAUCUCGCGGUUUGGAAUCCUGUUACUAGGAAAAUCAAAUGGAUAGAACCGUUGGUCUGUUUCUAUGCAACUGACAACUUUGGGAUUGGAUACGACAACACAUGUCGAGAUAACUACAAGAUCUUGAGGUUUUCUUCUCCUCUCUCUCUUCGUGAUCCAGCAAAGUGUGAGAUAUAUGAAUUCAAGUCUGACUCGUGGAGAACUCUUGAUGGUAUCAAGUUGUUCGAUUGGGAUGUAGAUACUCAGUGCAGAGGUGUGUCAUUGAAGGGUAAUAUGUAUUGGAUUGCUAAACGUGAAGACAAGGAAGACUUUAUCCAAAGUUUUGAUUUCUCCACGGAAAUGUUCAAGUACAUAUGCGUUUGUCCUCCUUGGUCCGAAACUCAACAGCAGGACAUGUUGUUUUGUCAUCCUUUUCGACGAUUAGGCUGUUUUAAUGGAGAUAGACUCUCUUUGUUAUUACAACAUGGUCAAGUAGGGUCAAUGCAUAUUGAGGUGUUGGUGACAAACAAGUUGAGUGACGAGGUUGUUUCGUUUACCAAAUAUUUUAAUGUCACUAGUCCUUAUCUUCCGGCGUUGCAGUUCCAGUGUAAUAUGGCUCCUCCGGGAUACUUCGUUGGCAAGCACAGCGAUAUCAUGGCAUGGUGCGAGGGAGAUGUGGAAGAAGAUGAUGAGUGGUAUACUUGCAUCACUCUUUACCAAAUUGAUCAAGGUGGGAUCAGAAAACAAAUUGAGACAGGACGACAUGAAGAGUCACGGUACAGUAACCCUCCUAUUUGUAGCUAUGUGUAUGUUCCAGGUCUGAUUCCACUUCUAGAAUAA